GCCUCCUGCAACUGACCGCGUGGGUUGAUUGACUAGUACUGCGGGUCUCGCUCGUGCAUCAUUUGAUUUACUGCAGUGCUGGCGCCCCAUAAACUCCCUGCAUCUCCAUCGUUUCUUCACUUCAUUUCUUUCGGUUCGGACCUCAGCAGGAUUCGAACGUUUUCAUUUCGGCCCUCGCACUGGUUGCUGACGAUGCCGAGAUAAGUACCAAUCAACAACUCAACAACUGUGACGAAUCUACCACGAAAAUCACGACCUCAAAACCGUCAACCACUCUUCCAUGGACCAACAAUGAAUCGAAUCGAUAGUGGUUUCGUAGAUUCCUAUCUUUCGAAAGCAAACAACGAGAAACCACCGCCCAUGCAUAGGAGCAACACCGCACCCACUCAUCGUCGCAAACCUAAAAAGGCUCCCUCAGAGUUGAUCUCGUCUUUACAGUCAACGACCAAAGACUCUCAACGUCCGUCUUCAGAGAGGCGACCUAGACCAUCAAGGCAAAAGUCCACUACCUCGUCAUCGGACAAUUCCGUGACUCGAUCCAAAGGCCGUGGCUAUGGCUCAAAACCCUCGUCCGGUCGCACUUCCUGUACCAUUGUGGAUCCCUCAAGACCAGGCCGCCACUACAGGAUGAAGAGUUCCCAGACAUUUUCCGCCGCAAACAACCAAGACAUCGACGAUGUUCUCGCCCUUCACUUCCGCAGCUGCAGUAUCUUCACAAACCCCUCGUACCACUCCCAUUCCGGAUUGCCAAGUCCCACGCUGUCUCAAGGCGAAGCAUUCGCUAUCCCCGGUGCAACGUCACGAUUCAACUCUGUCGACAUUGAUGUCGCCGAAGAAACCGAAAUACCAAAACAGAGCGAAGACUCAAUUCCACCCGUCGAAAAAACAAACACCACCAUGCACUGGACGUCACCCAGCACGCGACAACGUGAUUACAAGCGGAUCGACAAAGCGAAUAGCGGUAUCCGAGGUCUUGUGCGAAGAGCAAUGCCAAGAUGCGUUUCAGGCCCACAGGAAAAGUUCUACGACAUGGAUCAGUCGGACGCAGGAUCUGUUCGACGCUACAGGUUGGACGAUAUGGAUCAUCAUGAUGUAAAUGAAAAGGAUGAUUUGCGACUCCAUACAACAAACACCACGGAGAAGUCAAUGACUCGGCCAGGCUCGAAGAAGAAAUGGACCUGCUUUUGAAGGUAGGCCAGAUGGAGUGUCUGUGACUUGUCAAGAGAUAGAGAGAUGAUUUUGCAUAUAUUCGCGCGGCAUCAUGAAGGCGUUUUGACACGAUACCCACGGCAAGCAACUGCGCUGAUUGUUCUUGGUUUUACGCAUUAUACCUAUAUCUAUAGUAUGGAGAGGGCCACUUAAUCUUUAUCGCGUAAGCAUAGCAUUUUCAUUUAAUGAGAGCUGUUUUAAACCCUCU